AUGAGGUACGGCGUGGUGGUUCUCACUGCUGGGUUUACUGGUCUGCUCAGCUUCAGCCUCCUCGCAGUGGCUAUUGGGACAGAUUACUGGUACAUUAUCGAUGUGAAUAAACCCAACGUCACAGACGACCUGAGUUCACAUUCUGGACUGUGGAGAAUUAUUGAAGGAGCAAACAUGAGCUCAGUCAUCCCCUUUUUCACAGCAAAUAUGACCAGCCUGUCAGAAGUGGAAAGGCACCUUCUUGGCUUGCACAAGGUGGUGGUCAUCAUGUUGCCCCUCAGCCUGGUCCUGCUGGUGUUCGGCUGGAUCUUUGCACUCGUCAGCUCGAUGGCCUACAGUCCCAACUUGCUGGCUGGAUCAGCGUCCUAUGUUCUCUUCUGCAGUCUGUUUACCCUCUCGGGGGUCAGCAUCUACAUCAAAUACUCAAACCUAGCCAUGGAGGAGUUCCAGCGCGUCGUGUCCCCAGAGAACCUCGCCCACGUGGAUGUGUCCUUUGGCUGGUCCUUAGCCACCGCAUGGCUCUCCUACAGCCUGGAGGUGGCCACCGGCCUGCUGCUCCUGCUGGCCGCCCGAAUAACUCAGAUGAAGGGACGCUAUGACCGCGGUGUAAACAUCGCCAUGUUAUAGAGGGAUGUUAUAUGACGGCCCUAGAGAAUCCAAAAGGCGCACGGGACAGUAUUGUAUUGCUGUUGGUGUUAUCCUUGAACAUUUCAGACGCAACACGAUGCGGAUGAGAGCUGGAUUUGGGAAACUGCACCCAUAGCUACGUAGAUGCUGAACGAGUGAUGCAGCUGCUUUUCAUCCUCUCGGUAUAAUUUUCUGUCCAUUGUCCACAGCGAUAUUAUAAAUGUAGCCACACAAACAGAACAACCAUUCAUAGUGUAAUUUGAUUGUUUGUUUAUUGUCUUUUGAUGCAAUAUUCCAGCCAUGUGUGCAGUAUGUGUACAGCUGAUAACGUUGUCUACAUUUGAUUCAGCCGUAGGUUGUUUUAUUUUGUGAUAUGCGUCGUGGUAAACGCACUGCCCUGCGAUAUGAACGCAAGUAAAACAAGAAGUGAAGCUGUAUGCCAUCACAACUUCUGCACAUCCUCUUUGUUAUUGCGUUGAAGUAUUGUACUGGUAAAAAAAAAAAAAA